AUGGAAUGGAAAAAAGGCCUCUAUAAACUUGAUAACUCUAGGGAACGAAAUUCAAUUUUUAAUGUGAAUAAUGUCUGCAGUUUCCAGGUUUCUAUUGAACGAUACAAACCUAAAGUUAACCGCCCAACCCAAUGCUAUAAAUGCCAGCAGUUUGGGCACAUCCAAUAUAGAUGUUUUAAUCAUGAAAGGUGCUGCAAAUGUGGAGAAUCCCACAGAAGCUCUACUUGUAAACUUAAAGAAGGUCAACAACUCAAGUGCGUUUUAUGCGGACAAAACCACGUUAGUUCAUUCUCAGGAUGCCCUGAAUUUCAAAAAAGACUUGUUGACAUGAAAAGGAAACAAGCACUUAGAAAUCCAGCACCUUCAAAAACUGAAGUUAACAUUCCCACCCUCAUAACGGACAUUCCAUCAGUAAGCUUUACUAUCAGGUAUUCUUCUUGCAGCGAAGCUCUCAAGAAAAAUUCUACCCAAGAUAAAAAUAUUGACCCUAUCCUUGAUGUUUUCAAGAACCCAAAUAAUCUUCAGUUUAUACAAAACAUCUUUUUAAUAGUACAGAUAAUGCGAACUGUUAAAUCACAAGUAGAAAAAUUAAUCUUAGGAAUGCAAGCAGCACAAAUUAUGUUAGCCUUCUCUGAAUUUGAAGAUUAA